UCACUUAUUACCUCGUGAUACACGUUCACAGCGGUCGUUGGCAAUCAAAAUGCUAUUCAUUAGUCACAUAAUAACCAUCUCUUAUGUGACACCGUUGAUAUUGGGCCAUUGGAUUGAGUUUUCUGUCGAUUAUUUCAAAGGGAGACGUGUGACUUUUGUGUGUUUAUUGACAUGUGGGGAAGAGACAUGGUUUCACCAUAACUUUGCAAAAUAUGCAUCAACUCAGAAUAUAGCUGUAUCAAGUUUUGAUAUUGAUAAAAAGCUGCAAAAUAAUUCCGAGGAUCUCGAUUUAUGUUUGAAACAAACUGCAACGUCCACCGGGGUUUUGAUAAAUCCAAAGUGUCCUUAUUAUGAAGAAAUCAUGUAUCGCGCUUCUGAAAACGUUCUCUUCGAUUCCAAACACAAAUGGCUUAUAAAAGAAGAAAGAGAUAUUUUCAAAAACGACGUUCCUUUGGUAAAUGGAAUGGGUGAUUUUGAAGGGACUCUUUACAAUGAGACACAUAUUGUUAACGAGAACGAAAUGACAUCAAUAUCAGUUCUCAGUAAUCUAAACUUGAGCAUCGACGCUGAUAUCAUAUUGUCUGCGAAAAUAGAUGAUUCGUCGUUUAAACUGUACGAAGUGUAUAAUUUUGGUAAAGCACGCAACGGAAAAUUUGUCAUUAAAAGUAUAGGAGACUGGAAUGUAGAUAAAGGUCUGAACAUUCCAAAGGAAUUUAAAUACUACAGACGUUGGGAUUUUCAGGAGAUGUCUUUCAAAAUGGCGGUAGUAAUGACACCGAUUCCUUCAGUGUUUGAUCCACAGAUGAUCUUAAGUAUGACCCCCGAUUAUAGAGUAUCUACUGUAUCUCACACAAGCGCCAUAAUUCUACAUGAAAUCGCUGGGAUACAUAAUUUUAGAUACAAUUACACUAUUAUGGAUAUAUGGGUUGGUGAUUAUAUAAAGGAACACAAGGCAGUGACGAAUGCACUUUAUUUUCGAGAACAAGACAUUACGCCAAUUUUGCGCCUUCAUCCCGCACAAUUUGAUAGAUACGAUGUGAUCACACCACCUGUCACCUUUAUUGAAAGUCGAUUUUACUACCGCAUCCCCGCUCAAGGUGUGGGCAAUUUUGAGAAUCAGUUUCUACGUCCAUUUUCAUCAGCCACCUGGUGGUGUGUGAUCGGAAUUUGUGUGCUUUGCUGCAUCGUUUUGCUGCUGUCAGCGAUCGCGGAAAACCAGCCAAUCAACGUGUAUCAUUACUCCAUCUUGUCUGUUAUGGCGCUGAUUUGUCAACAAUUUUUUGAAGAGUUCGAAGAUUUACGAAGAACAUCAGCAGCCAAGAAAAUGACAAUCCUGGUGACGGGUAUAUCAUGCAUCUUGAUCUACAACUACUAUACCAGUAGCGUGGUGAGCUGGCUGCUGAACGGGCCUCCACCUUCCAUCAACUCUCUGUGGGAACUGCUUUCCAGUCCACUUCAGCCAAUACUCGAGGAUACUGGAUAUACUUAUUCAUGGCUACAGUUACCGGACUACUAUUUUAAUAACAAGAAGGCAGAUAGUGAAGAUGCUUUAAAAAUUAAACUAAAAAACAUGAUGAAGAAAGGAAAAACUAUAGUUGCGUCUAUGAACGAAGGCAUCGAAUUGGUUAGAAAAGGAGGAUAUGCAUACCACGCAGAGACGAAUGCGGCAAACGACAGAAUUUCUCGAACCUUCGACCAACAAGAGCUAUGUGAUCUGGACUCUUUACAUUCCAUAGAGAAAGUUUUGCUUUAUUCGAGUCUACAGAAGAAUAGUCCGUACCGGGAGUUUUUUAGCUGGAGCCUAGCUCGUCUUCUAGAAAGAGGUAUAUUUCACUGCACGCAUGAAAGGACCUGGUCCCACGAGGUCAAGUGUGCAGGAAGUUCCCCACGAGCCUUGGCUUUAGGUGGAGCUGCCCCGGCGUUCAUUGUGUUGGCUGCUGGGUUUAUCCUGGGAACUUUCAUUAUGCUGAUAGAAAGGUUUUGUUGGAAGCAUGGCUCCAAAAAUAGAAAACCUGUAAUUAAAACUGAGAAGAUGGAAGAAUGGCCCGUAAAUAAAAUCUAAGGAUACAAAGACAUUUUUUUAGGGUUUAAAAAUCUUUGCACAUGACAUUUUACACGCAGCUGCUAUUCGCCGCAGCGAAAA